AUGUCAUCUGUUCUGAAAGUUCUGGAACUGUUCAGCGGGACGGGGUCGAUCAGCCACUGGGCGGCCAGCCAAAACGCGACGCAGUCGGCGGUGCGGUACGAGGUGACCUCACUCGACAUCCGCGGUGUGGGGCGGUUCAAUCCCACGCACAUGACAGACAUACUGCAGUUCGAUUACCGUGCGGCCUGGCAGCCUGGGGCGUUUGAUUGGGUGCACGCCAGCCCGCCCUGCACCAUGUACAGCCGCGCGCGCACCACGGGGGGCCCCAGGGAUCUAGAAGGGGCAGACAGGCUGGUGCAAAGGGGCUUGGAUAUAAUUGAUUACCUGCAGCCGCGGCUCUGGACGCUCGAAAACCCCCAGGGCUUGCUGAUGCACAGACCACUGAUGCAGCCCCUGCAGCCAAACAUGCGUGUGGUGGAUUAUUGCCAGUACGGCAGCCCCUGGCGCAAGCGCACCUGCAUCUGGACCAACGCGGGGGGGUUUGAGCCGCUGCGCUGCAACCCACGCACCUGCGCCUCGUGCAAAGACGGCAUGCACAUAGUGCGGCUCUCAAACAGCUGGCCCAAAGACGAGGCGCUGGCCGCGCAGUACAGGCAGCACAAAGCGAGCAGCCGCUGGUCCAAAGGGGCGCUGCCGCCGGCGCUGCUGGACGCGCUGGCCAGCGGGGCGGCGGGCGCUUAA